AUGCCAAACUGGCCGGUCUUUCAGCUCAACUACCAGAACGGCAUGCGUCUGCGUUACGACAACCCGUCUGAGCAGUACUGCAUGCGGCUUGACACGUGCCCCCACUGGGCGCCAUCGACGUGGACGACUCGAGACCGCGUCGACGGCUGGAAAGAGUUUGAGACGCCAAAGUCCAUUCGGUCGUUUAAGUUCGGGGACUACGAGGACGCGUUGCUGGUGCAGAACCUGACGGAGGCGGCUCAGACCUGCAAUGUUGCCAAGGCUCGAGCCACAUUCGAAGGCCUCGAGGUCAACGACACUGUCGCCAACGCUACGUCCACGAUCGAGUUGAGCAGUGCCGAAGGAGGUCUGUCGUCGAACUGGACGAAUCUUCUUCCUGUUGAAUAG